AUGAGCGCCAUCAGCUCUAGGCUCACCCGUGCGGGCCGCCAACUCGGCUCACGGAUCGCGAACACAACUUCAGCUCCCCAGAUUUGCCAUCGCCGAUCUACCUCGUGGAUCGCCUGGGAGCAGCCUAAUCCAGCUCUGUAUGGACCACCUAUCCAGGCACUUCCCAGCAACGAGACCCAGCAGAAUGCCAGUACUGCCCAGAAUACACGUAACGUUGGGGGAUCCGUAACCGCUCCGGCAACCACCGCUGUCGCAGGAGGCAGCCAAGAAGUAUCAACCUCAGGCAAAACCGUGCCGUCCUCCAUUCAAGCGGGUAGCAGUCGCAUUCCCUUCAACCAAACACGUUCCAUCAAGACGAAAUCCGAUCAACUUCCCACUACUCUUAUCCGCGUACCUGGCGUAACUUCGACCUGGCCAGGCGAGAAACCCACGCAUCCUGACCAACAGCGAGUGCGCAAACAAGUCGUUGUCCACGAGCACGGGGGUCCGUCCCGAGAAGAAAACCCCGAGCCCGAGCUGGAAGAUAUCCUCACGCGUAUCGAUGCCGAGAACGCCCCACAGAUCAAUUUCGAAGAGAUGCUUGGUCCUUACGGUAUGCGACGAAGUGAUGGUGGGUCGUACCCUGAUUAUGCUUUCGAAGAGGUCACUCGCCAGUACAUCGACAUUCUUCGCAAUUUAGAGGAAGUUAAGAAAACGAUGGCGGAAUACUCCCGAAAGGCUGAACGGAUGGUGAAUGUGGAGGGUCAGAAGUAA